GUUUUUAUCCUCAGAAUAUGAUAAAAGAAUUUGGUCUUCUCCCAUUUAAAAAAGGUGAUAUGAUUCUUGCGACUAGAAAAUUCUAUAUGGUUGAAUAUCUGAAUGAAAAAGAACCAAAUAAUCUUCUGAAAUUUCCUGCUUUAAUUAGUAUAAUUGCGAUGGUACAAGAACCUCCGAAUAUUAAUGGUGAAGAUGCAUUUAUGACAGUUAAUUAUGUAUAUGUUAAAACUAUUUCUUUUUCUGGUCAUCAAAAGAUGUUAGUAAAUAUGGAUAGUUCUUCUAAAGUUCCUUAG